AUGAAAUCUCUUGACAAUUUAAGCAAUAAUUCAUUUGAAUUUUUUACUCCUUUGAUCUUAUUCAACAAGUCUAUUCUGUUCCGUGAUGUAGCCAUAACAGAUGGUGGGUACAAUAUUUUGUGUCGCUAUCAUCAAGUUGCAUCUCAUGGAACAGUCUAUGACAUGGCUAUAGAUCCUGCAAUGGAGGUUGCUGUCACUGUUGGGCAGGAUAAGAAGAUUAAUAUGUUCAACCUUGCUUCUGGGAAGCUUGUUAGAACAUUUAAGCAAGAUCCAGACUUUGGAGAGCCAAUAAAGGUAACGAUAUAUCCAAGUGGCAGCUACUUGGUUUGCUCCUACUCUAACAGGUCUUUCAGCAUCCAUGAUUCUACCAAUGGAGAGCUCAUUACUCGAGCAAUGGGGCAUGCCGAAGUGAUUACCGGUGUCAUUUUCUUGCCUGACUGCAAGCACAUAAUUACUGUUGGUGGUGACAGCUGCAUUUUUGUGUGGAAGAUGCCGGCUUUACUAUCAUCAACAAUUUUGCAGAAGAUUAUGGAAAAUGCUUCUUAUCUAUUUCCAGUAAGCUCAUCUCAGUCAGCAGCUCCAAGUGAGGGCAUAGUACAUGAAGAGGUCAACCGCCCAAACACUGAUUUCAAGGAUAUCUCUGCACUGCAAAAUUGCAACCUAGAUGUUGAAGGAGUGGUUACUGGAGGGGUGUGCGAAGGAACAUCAGCAUUUAAAUUUAGUGUCUCAAGGCUUCUGAAGUGGGCACAAAUCAAAGUAACAAGCAAUGAGACUUCUGAUGGAGACCCUGAAUUCAAUGUCUCAGCAAGUAAAACUGGAAACUCCUUUUUCAAUCGCUGGUCAAGGUCAGGCCUCUGGUACCAUGGUUCCUAUCGCAGUCCGGAUUCCAUGUCAACUCAACUUGGGAAACAGUCAGGUAUGUCACACUAACACAUCUGAAAGACCAUUUAGUGCGGAUGCUCCCUAGAGUUCUCCAAUGGGUCAAGGGAUUCCAACCUUUAACGUGGACGGGCAUUGGCGCACCAUCCAUACUGUUUAUCUUGAUCUACUGGAUUCCCCUGAAGUGCGAGAUGUCAAGGACGUCAAGUUGCCAAUUUCCAUCCCAAAUUUGAGUACGUCUAAACAUCAUGCACUAUUUGCACUCUUUGGUCUUCCUCAUGUAGAAGACAGAAUGUUCUGAGGUAUUCAGCUAGGAUAUGAAGAGAUAGAUCAUUUACUUGGUACAUUUUGUCUAAACUUGUGGAAAGGCAAAAAUAUGAGUCCCUUGAAAAAUUCCAUAUACUCAGAUAGGAUAUGAGGAGAUAGAUCAUUUACUUGGUACAUUUUGUCUAUACUUGUGGAAAGGCAAAAAUAUGACUAUGGAUCCCUUGAAAAAUUCCUUUGUGCCCAUAUAUUCUAGAAUGGAAUAGAUCCACUGCCGUUGGAGGCACAGUCAUUGUACUUUCAUAACAAGUCUUGUACAUGUGGUGCAUGUGU